AUGUAUAUUUUUUUAUUAUAUUUCUUUUUAUCUUUUAUUUUAAAAGAAUCACAAGAACGAAUAUCAAAAAAGUGUCCAAAUAAUUUAAAAUUUUUUGAAUGUGGCACAAAUUGUCCACGCAAAUGUGAGGAUGGUACACGACGAAAGCGCUGUAAUAGAGCCUGUGCAAUAAAUGUAUGCCAAUGUACAGGAGGCCUUGUUUUACAUAAUAAUAAAUGUAUUCCAUUAUCAGAGUGUCCUAAUAUAUGUGAUAAAAAUUCUACUUUUACAACUUGUGGUUCAGCAUGUCCUGAAAGAUGUUCUGAUAAAGAAAACGAAACAAAAAUUUGUACUGAUCAAUGUAUUAGUGAUGUUUGUGAAUGUAAGCCAGGUUACGUCUUAGACGAUAGAGAAAAAUGCAUUAAAAGAAAAGAUUGUCCACAACAAAAAACUACUACAACAACAAGAAAACCAACAACAACAACAGUGAAAAAACCAAAAUGUGGAAAAAAUAUGUACUUCUCAGAUUGUCCUACUCCAAAAGAAAAGAAUUGUCUUUCAUCUUCUAAAACUAAUAAAUGUGGUAAACCAAGAUGUAUAUGUAAAAAGUCACAUACUAAAAUUGGAUCUAAAUGUAUUACAAAAAGUUUAUGUAAAAAGAUAUUAGAAUUAAUAUCACAGGAAUAA